CGCACAGAUGUAGGGACUCACGAACUACUGGGCUUCUCGCUCCUAGAGCCCCGAUCGUUCCCAAUAUUACAGCCCCGCCCGGCUCAGCCUCUGCGGCGACGGCGGCCGGACCCGGAUUUGCGCGUGCGCGGCUCCGCCUCAGACUCCUCCCCGCGUUGGUUCUCCCGCUUUCGCCCCGCCCUCUCCGCGCUUUACGGCUCGGCACGCCACUUUUGCUGCAGUCGCUUCUGCCGCCGCCGCUGCCCCCACCGCCGCGGCUGCCGCGGGUGAAGUGAAGUGAGCUCCGGUCCUGUCUGCGCUGCCGCAGGGAGGCCGCCCGGGCCAGGCGAGCCGAACCAAUGCUGGACCUGGAGGUGGUGCCUGAACGCUCUUUGGGGAACGAGCAAUGGGAAUUCACACUGGGAAUGCCUCUGGCUCAGGCAGUAGCCAUUCUUCAGAAGCACUGUCGCAUCAUCAAAAAUGUCCAGGUUCUCUACAGUGAACAGUCUCCUCUAAGCCAUGACCUCAUUCUUAACCUGACUCAGGAUGGGAUCAAACUACUGUUUGAUGCUUUCAAUCAGAGACUCAAGGUGAUCGAAGUGUAUGAUUUGACUAAAGUAAAGUUAAAAUAUUGUGGCGUGCAUUUUAAUUCUCAGGCCAUAGCUCCUACCAUUGAGCAGAUUGACCAGUCUUUUGGUGCAACCCAUCCUGGAGUGUACAACUCCGCUGAGCAGCUCUUCCAUCUCAACUUCAGAGGACUGUCUUUCUCUUUUCAAUUAGACUCAUGGACCGAGGCUCCGAAGUAUGAGCCCAAUUUUGCCCAUGGCCUGGCUUCUCUCCAGAUACCCCAUGGAGCAACUGUAAAACGAAUGUAUAUCUACAGUGGCAACAGCCUACAGGAUACCAAGGCUCCCAUGAUGCCUCUGAGCUGUUUCCUGGGCAAUGUGUAUGCUGAGAGUGUAGAUGUUCUUCGAGAUGGAACUGGACCUGCAGGUUUACGACUUCGCCUACUUACUGCAGGUUGUGGACCUGGUCUAUUAGCAGAUGCCAAGAUGCGGGUAUUUGAACGUUCAGUGUAUUUUGGUGAUUCCUGCCAAGAUGUUCUCAGCAUGCUUGGCUCUCCGCACAAAGUCUUCUAUAAAUCAGAAGACAAGAUGAAAAUUCAUUCUCCUUCCCCUCAUAAACAAGUUCCAUCGAAGUGCAAUGACUACUUUUUUAACUAUUUCACUCUUGGAGUGGACAUCCUCUUUGAUGCGAAUACACACAAAGUGAAGAAGUUCGUUCUACACACCAAUUACCCUGGGCAUUACAAUUUCAACAUUUAUCAUCGCUGUGAGUUCAAGAUCCCAUUAGCCAUAAAGAAAGAAAACGCAGAUGGUCAGACAGAAACAUGCACAACCUACAGUAAGUGGGACAACAUCCAGGAGCUCCUGGGUCACCCUGUGGAGAAGCCUGUUGUCCUGCACAGGUCUUCCUCCCCAAACAACACCAACCCAUUUGGCUCCACAUUCUGCUUUGGUCUUCAGCGAAUGAUCUUUGAGGUCAUGCAGAACAACCACAUUGCCUCGGUGACCCUGUAUGGCCCCCCUAGGCCUGGUACCCACCUGAGAACAUCGGAGCUCCCCUAGGGACAUCACCCCCGUGCCCCUCUGUCCCGUGUAACUGUGCAUCACAUCCUGCCCAGUGGGCCUCUGUACCACCCUGUGGGUUUUCUUGGACACCUGGCCAGUGUUGAAGGGCUGCUGUGAUAUUCUGAAGUUGGGCUCAGGCUGGGUGCUCUGCCAUGGGCUGAGCGGCCCAGAUAUUCCUCUGUCCGUCCUCAGCCUACUGAUGUCAGCAGGGGAUACCGACUGCAAAGAGAAGCACAAACUUUGAGCCUUGAUUCCUGGACCCAGGAGCUCUCAACUAACAUGCAAGGAGGCAGGACACAUCAACCCUUGUCGCAUGCACAUUGGGAAGACUUGGGGCUUUUUCUGUGACUGAGGGCAUAGGCACUGAGGAUAAGAACAAGCUUCUGCCAUUGGCCCCACAUUGCCACGUGACCCUUACGGCAAGCAGGUAGCGUGUCUGUAGUACUUGGUUGCGACAUUUGCACUACAUCCACUUUAGUUACUUGAUGAGCUGGCUGUGGCCAGGGUGGCCCACCUGCCCUUCCCUGUUCCUUUUUUGCACAUGCUCCCUGCCUGGGCACACCAAACUGGUUGAAACACAGCUUUCUACCAUCCAGGAACUUGCCCAGGCCUGGUUCUCACCCCUCAUGGAGUCAGCUUUCAAGAUUGCCUAUGUCCCUGCUCUGCCCCAACCUGGCUGGCAGGGCUGCGUGUUUCCAUCCUGUUUGCCUCUUUUAUUUAAUGCCAAAGUUUUAGCCAAAGACAUCUUCCUACUUUUGUUGUUUCAGCAUUUUGUUCUGCACUGUGGGCUGGCUCCCUGCCUCAACCCUGGGCAGUAGCCCCUGGCUGGGCCAUGGCUCAAAGCCUUUGGGGGCUCAAGGAAGGCUUGGCUGCUCAGUCCCUUCAUGGGUCUCGCUAAUGGAAAGUAGCAUAUAUGUGCUUUAAAAAUAUUAAUCCUUUUGAAAAGAAUUGAGAAGAGAAAUGUAUAAUUUUAUCCCAUUUUUAAUAUUUUGGUCUAGCAACUUGUGAUACAUAGAUGACAAUUUUGUGAGUUUUUCAAAUGUGUGUACAGAUUUUUGUAAAUACGACUCUUUUGUAAUUAACUCAUGUACAGCCUCAUCCUGUAUAGUUUAAUGAUGAAUGUGCAGGGGACCUGCCUCAGGCCCCUAUAUGGUUCCUGGGCCUACAGCCAGGCUUGUGUGGCGCUCCCGUGACUUUGUGACUGACUGGUGUCUUCCCAUCUGGACUGUGGCCUCGGCAGAGCCCCUUGCAUAUCCCACUGUCAGGGGCAGCCAGGACUCUUCCCAUUCUCCUGGAAUGGGGUAACCUUCCUCAUCCCCUGCCCACAUCCCUUCUCCAAUAAAGCACCUACGCCGUCAGCAAUGGCCUGCCAUGUGCUGUUGCUGGGAUGUUUGUACUAA